CCCCCGCGCUCCAGUGACAUCAGGAAGCGAUAAAAGGCGGCGGCGGCGCCAGCUCCUGCACAGCUGCACCGCCGGGCUGCGAGCGGCUGCAAGCGAGAAAGCCCUAGAGCCAAAGAGCCGGAGAGCGAGCGGCGGGCGCUUGCCCCGCACCUCCCCUCUGCCCCUGCGCGCACCUCGCCGGCUUCUCUACCCUGCCCCGGCUCGACCUGACUCGUUCCCGGCGCGCUCGCAGCCCCAAGCUCCGGGGCAGCUCAGGCAGCCUCGGGAGGACUCUCCGGCGCGCCGCCGCGUCCCCAGACAAAGGCUUGGCCGGCGGCCCCGGCCCGCUGCGCCCUCGGCUCCCCGCCUCCCCGGCUUGCCGCUCUUCGCCCCCGCGUUUGGCUCGGCGCGUCCCGGCCGGCCGCAAAGUUUCCCCCGCGGCAGCGGCGGCUGAGCCUCGCUUUUAGCGAUGGCCGCGGAGCUGAGCAUGGGGCCAGAGCUGCCCACCAGCCCGCUGGCCAUGGAGUACGUCAACGACUUCGACCUUCUCAAGUUCGACGUGAAGAAGGAGCCACUGGGACGUGCGGAGCGUCCCGGCCGGCCAUGCACACGCCUGCAGCCUGCUGGCUCGGUGUCGUCCACCCCGCUCAGCACUCCGUGCAGCUCCGUGCCUUCUUCUCCCAGCUUCAGUCCGACUGAACCGAAGACCCAUCUCGAGGACCUGUACUGGAUGGCGAGCAACUACCAGCAGAUGAACCCCGAGGCACUCAACCUGACGCCCGAGGACGCGGUGGAGGCGCUCAUCGGUUCGCACCCAGUGCCCCAGCCGCUGCAGAGCUUCGACGGCUUCCGUAGUGCGCACCACCACCACCACCACCACCACCCUCAUCCGCACCACGGGUACCCAGGAGCCGGUGUGACUCACGAUGAGCUGGGCCCGCACGCUCACCCGCACCAUCACCACCAUCACCAAGCGUCGCCCCCGCCGUCCAGCGCCGCCAGUCCGGCGCAACAGCUACCCACUAGCCACCCGGGGCCGGGACCGCACGCAACAGCAGCGGCGACGGCUGCGGGCGGCAACGGUAGUGUGGAGGACCGCUUCUCUGACGAUCAGCUGGUGUCCAUGUCGGUGCGUGAGCUGAACCGCCACCUGCGGGGCUUCACCAAGGACGAGGUGAUCCGCCUGAAGCAGAAGCGGCGGACCCUGAAGAACCGGGGCUACGCCCAAUCGUGCAGGUAUAAACGCGUCCAGCAGAAACAUCACCUGGAGAACGAGAAGACGCAGCUCAUUCAGCAGGUGGAGCAGCUUAAGCAGGAGGUGUCCCGGCUGGCCCGCGAGAGAGACGCCUACAAGGUCAAGUGCGAGAAACUCGCCAACUCCGGCUUCAGGGAGGCGGGCUCCACCAGCGACAGCCCCUCCUCUCCUGAGUUCUUUCUGUGAGUCCUGGCGGGUCCCGGCCCUCGCCCUUGCCCUGGCCCAGACUCCCUAUUCUGUGCCCCUAGCCCUGGACUCCCUGUUCCUGCCAUGGCCCGGGCCCUGACCUGUUUGACUUGAGCUAGAGGGAGGAAGGAUGCGCGGGUCGCGGGAGUCGGGCGGGACCUCGGGCGGGCAGAGAACCUUGGCUAAGAAGAGGGCAGUGCAGGGCGGCGCAGCCUCUUAGACUUGGGCAGAGUUAGAGAGACCCGGGCGGGUGCGAGAGGUCCCGGAGUAACUUUUCUCCAAGCUGGAAGGCCGCGAGCCUUAUUCCAAGGAGUCGCCAAGGCCGUCUGGACACUUCUGGCUCUGAGAACUUUGUGAGUGCCAGGGCCACCGCUUUGCAGCCCAGGACUCAGUUCGCCCCAGGAAGAGCAGAGGAGAGGAGAGGGACUCUGGAGUCCCCGUGGGCGCGAGGCAAGGCUGAGCUAAGGAAGGAAAAACAGACAGAUCUGUCUGUCCAGAGUACGGAGAACACUGGCUCUCAGCCGGAGACGCGGGCCUCAGUUAGGACUUUCGGCGCGCGAAGGAAAAAAAAAUCUCAUCAGUUUUAAUGCCUGCUCGAUUAUAUAGAAAAAUACGAAAAUCUGCAUUAAAAAUAUUAAUCCUGCAUGCUGGACAUGUAUGGUAAUAAUUUCUAUUUUGUACCAUUUUUCUUGUUUAACUUUAGCAUGUUGUUGAUCAUGAUUCAUAACCCCCUUGUUUCUUUGGUUGAGAAGGGAUGCAGUUCCUAAACUCCUGCGGCUGCGAGCGAGUGAGCUAGCUAGCGAGCAGAGUUUCAGUCGCCGGCCGGGCUUGUAAAUUACCCGCCAGGCCAAACCACAUUGAGAAGGUAGCAGCAAGCUGAGUCUUUGUUUGGGUUUAUUAUUAUGCCAUUUUUGUUUGUAAGUAAAAAUAAAAGAAAGAAAGAAAAAACCCCACCAAGCCCAACUUCGUCCAGGGAAUCCUUGGGAUUUAUCUCUUCGCUCCCUUCGUCCUUCCCACUUCAGUUUUAAGUUUUGUUGAGGGAAAAGCUAAGGGAGAGACAGUUGCGGAGAUACACACCGUGCAGGAGCGUGUCCUUUAUCAUUGCUGGGUCUUGGGGCUAAAUUGACACACACACACAUCCACGACCGCUACUACACACACACACACACACACACACACACACACACACACACACACACACGAAGAAAAAAGACAGGCUUUGCGUCCAAAGAAGUCAACCCAGGGCUGGUUUGGAAUCCCCUAGAAGGGCUCUAAUUGCAAGCUCCCCCCCCCCCAGGGCUUAGGGUGAAAAGAUUUCUUCGACCUCUUGCUACGUUUGUCAGUGAUGAUCUGAGCUCCCAUUGAGCCAAAACAGCCAUUCUUAGAAUGUACUAGAAACCCACACAUUGGCAACUAACGCUGCAAUUCUCAAAUGCGUCCUUUAGACCAGUGCAUUAUAUGUUUCUCUGCUGUCUGGAUAGCAGGGAGACUUAAUGGUGGUGUUCAACUCCCUUCCGUUGUACAGUAGUUAUAGGGGAGGUCUAGGUGUUUUUCUUUACUGUUACUUUCAUUUCUGCGGGUCAGUAAAAGGAUUCAGUUGCACUGACAAAAAAAAAAAAACCAAAAUGAAAGCGUACUUUUUAAAAAAAUUCCCACCUGAAUUUGCUGGCGCUGCUGGCUGGAUGCUUUUUUUGUUUGUUUGUUUGUUUGUUUUUGAGUUUGUAUUAGUUGAUAAAAUUUACAGUAAAUAACAAGAUUGUAUGAACCGCAUGGUGCUUGCAGUUUUAAAUAUUGUGGAUAUUCGUCCUGCAUCGGAAACGAGCUUUGGUUUUUACUGAUUCAACUGUGUUGAAAUCAAACUUGCCGCAACGCAACAGAAAUUGUUUUUAAUUUCAUGUAAAAUAAGGGAUCAAUUUCAACCCCCCUGCUUAUGAUAUGAAAAUAUUAAAAUCUAGUCUUAUUGUAGUUUUAA